CCCCGCGGGGGUCCCCGCACGGCCCCGGUGCCGGAAGUGGCGCGAAAAGGCCGCGCGCGUCUCGCCACCGCGCGCGCCGCGGACGCUCUCGCGAGAGCGGCAGAGGCGGGGCCAGGCGGCCGCAGGGCGAGAGGACACGGGCAAGAUGGCGGCGGCUGCGGCGGCUCUGCGGCACCUGGCGUUGGGCUCCCGCCUCGCCCCGCACGGCCGCAACGCCGGCGCCCCGCUGCAGCGGCUCCAGCAGCGCAGGGGCCUCCGCCUCUCUGCGCCCGCCGCCAUACAGGUGACGGUGCGGGACGCGCUGAACCAGGCGCUGGAUGAGGAGCUGGAGAGGGACGAGCGCGUCUUCCUGCUGGGCGAGGAGGUGGCACAGUACGAUGGCGCCUACAAGAUCUCCAGGGGUCUGUGGAAGAAGUACGGAGACAAAAGGGUGAUCGACACUCCGAUAUCCGAGAUGGGCUUUGCAGGAAUCGCUGUCGGUGCUGCUAUGGCAGGGUUGAGACCAGUGUGUGAAUUCAUGACAUUCAACUUCUCCAUGCAAGCAAUCGAUCAGGUUAUCAACUCUGCUGCCAAGAGCUGUUACAUGUCUGCAGGAUCCAUCUCUGUGCCCAUCGUGUUCCGAGGUCCCAACGGAGCCUCGGCCGGCGUGGCUGCCCAGCACUCGCAGUGCUUCGCAGCCUGGUACGGCCACUGCCCCGGCCUCAAAGUCGUCAGUCCUUGGAGCGCGGAAGAUGCCAAAGGGCUGCUCAAGUCCUCAAUCCGGGAUGAUAAUCCAGUUGUGAUGCUGGAAAGUGAAUUACUGUAUGGUGUUCCCUUUGAAAUGUCUGAACAGGCGCAGUCAAAGGAUUUUGUUAUUCCCAUUGGAAAAGCUAAAAUAGAAAGGCCAGGAACUCACGUUACAUUAGUGGCGCACUCAAGACCUGUUGGUCAUUGUAUGGAAGCAGCUACUGUGCUUUCUAAAGAAGGUGUAGAGUGUGAGGUUAUAAACCUGCGAACCAUUCGACCCAUGGACAUUGAAACAGUGGAAGCCAGCGUGGUCAAGACAAACCAUCUCGUAACUGUGGAAGGAGGUUGGCCCCAGUUUGGAGUAGGAGCUGAAAUCUGUGCCAGGAUCAUGGAAGGACCUGCCUUUAACUACUUGGAUGCUCCAGCUGUGCGUGUCACCGGUGCCGAUGUCCCCAUGCCUUACGCAAAAAUCUUAGAGGAUAACAGCAUACCUCAAGUGAAGGAUAUAGUAUUUGCAGUGAAAAAAGCUUUGAAUAUAUAAGUUGUAAAUACAUGUUUUAAAAUCCUGCUUUACAAAGCAUUCUUGGUGUUGGGCACGUUGUAUGUAUAACUGUUGUAUAAGCUCCAUGAUCUUUUGUACAGUGGGGAAAAUAUAGUGACUUCCCAAAAUAUUUAUAUGGGAUUACCCCUCAAGCCACACUUCUGUAUGCAACAAUGUGGUAAUGCUUUUUGUUCAACAGUACAGCUGGAGAAACCCUGUUCUAAAUUCAAGAAUGAGUUCAAAAUCAUCUGGUUUUGCUUGGCUUGUAAGUGCCAGAGGAGCUGUGCUGAACCUCCUGCAGCAGUGAUGGCGUGCAAAGCUGCAAAGAGCAAGAGCAGGCCCCGAAUCUGUACGGCUGCAGGAGCCUGUGAUUGCAAGGCUCAUUAAAGAGGAAUGAUCAGGCUGAUCAUGUAAAGCCCAGGCUGGCCUGGCAGUGCAGUGCAGUGCAGCUCUGAGCACAGGCUGUGGCAGCCAGGGGCUGGGUUGAGAUUGUGGCUGUGUCUGGUUUGAAGAGCACUCUGCACGUGCAAAAAGGCUUCUGUACAAGAGCUGAAAUAAAGAUCCUGAACCUUCCAGUAUGUGAUGGGAAACGAUACCUAAUUUUUCUUUACUCGCUGCCACAUAAUAAUGAUAAAAAUAAGUGCCCAGAUGCUUUGCUUUUACUGUUCAAGUUUUUUGUGUUGUUGUUUUUGGUUUUUUUUUUUAACUCCCCACCUGGGCUGACAACCGCACACUGACUCUAGUUCUUCAGUGCAAAAUGAGUGAGUUUGUUCAGCUGCACUGAGCCUAAGCAGCAGCUGUAUGGAUUGUGAAGAGCUGGGACACAAUCAGAGCAGCCUUUUGGAGAUCACUGCGUCCCAGGGAGCUCUGCCAGGCUUCCCUCAGCAGCUUCUAGUACAGAGGGAAAGCUGCCUUGAGGAGCCUGUGCAGCAGCAUCUGCUCUGCACCUCAGCUUCUCAGGAGAGGAGGUACCUCUGAGCAGACAGAAGAGCUUGGGUCACGUUUCUGAAGAGCCAGGAAUACUUCCCAGGGUAUUUUAGCAGAGGUGCUGUUCAGUUCUUGGGAAUUCUGGCUUGGAGGUUGAAUCCCACCGGAACAUAUCCACCACAUGCUGCUGAAGGAAUUCCAUUAACAUUUUAAUAAAAAUGACUGAAUAUCACAGGUUACAUGAAACUUUGUACAGACAUUCUCUGCAUAGUAACAAACACUGAUGUACUUGAAUUUAAAAAAAUGGAUUAUCUAUAAUCCUUUAAAGUGCAAUUUGUUUAAGGUUUUAAAUCAAAAAGGAUCUUUCAAUAAAGUUUAAAUGUAGAAUUAA